CUAAACCAUUCGGACACACUGGAGUUCUAGACUUCCCAGACCCGAUCUAUCGUGGAGAUCCCCGAGACCUGUCAGUCACCCGGGAUUGCCGCUCUCCUGGCUCAAGCUCGGCUUCCGCUUUGUUCCACCGUCAGCAGCCCCGUAGUUUUCGAGUCUUGACGAAGCCAUGCCAGCUUUCAUGGGCAUUAACGGCUUCGGGCGUAUCGGCCGCCUCGUGACCCGUGCGGCGCUCCAGAAUCCGGAGGUGGAAGUGAAGGCUAUUAAUGACCCCUUCAUGGACCUCAAGUACAUGGUGUACCAGCUCAAGUACGACUCCGUGCAUAAGAGCUACCCCGGCACCAUUGCCACUAAGGAGGCCGACGGCAAGGAGUUCUUGGUCGUGGACGGAAAGGAGAUUGCAGUGUUUCACGAGAAGGACCCGGCGUCAAUCCCGUGGGGCACAGUGGGCGCCGAAUACAUUUGCGAGUCUACUGGCGUCUUCACCGCCAAGGAGAAGGCCGAGCUCCACAUGGGCGGCGGGGCCAAGAAGGUGAUCAUCUCCGCGCCUCCGAAGGAUGCGGUCCCGAUCUACGUCGUCGGCGUGAACCACACGGAGUACAAGACCUCCGACACGGUGGUGUCCAACGCCUCUUGCACCACGAAUUGCUUGGCCCCGCUGACCAAGGUGGUGCACGAGAAGUUCGGCAUCGUGGAGGGCCUCAUGACCACGGUGCACGCGAUGACCGCCACGCAGCUCACGGUGGACGGCCCGUCCCGCGGCGGCAAGGACUGGCGCGGCGGCCGCUGCGCCUCCCAGAACAUCAUCCCCUCUUCCACCGGGGCCGCCAAGGCCGUGGGCAAGUGCCUCCCCGCCGUGAACGGCAAGCUGACGGGCAUGGCGUUCCGCGUGCCCACGCCGGACGUGUCCGUGGUGGACCUGACCUGCCGCAUCGAGAAGGGCGCGAAGUACGACGAGAUCGUGGCCGCCGUGAAGGAGGCGGCGGCCGGUCCGAUGAAGGGCGUCCUGGACUGGACCGACGAGGAGGUGGUGUCUACGGACUUCGUGAGCUGCAAGUCCUCGUCUGUCUUCGACAUCGGUGCCGGCAUCUCCCUGAACGACAACUUCGUGAAGUUGGUGACUUGGUACGACAACGAGUGGGGGUAUUCCAACCGCCUCGUGGACCUGUGCUGCUACAUGAACAAGAUGGACAACGCCUGAAGAAGCUUCUCGUGUAACCACGAGUUGAGCGCUUUUUCACUAAAUUUUGCCACGUCAUCGCGAUCCCAUUUCUGCUCGCUCAAGCGAUUUGGAGAAGAAGGAGGGGUCGUUUUUCGCACUCUCAGUGCCAGAUAGCGGUGAUUCAGAUGUCUCCCGACUGGCCUGUUUGGGCGCUGGUUGCCGAUGCCGUCAGUCGUUGUCCGGUUUCCGUUGAUGCCGCGCGCAGGCUGAUUCCAGGGCAGCCCCGUGAACGGGUGCGCUUUGGUCUUGCAGGUCUCUGAUUGGAUCAUUCUCCGUGUCGUACAUACACUCUCCCAUUUCCUCCUUGUUUCUUCCUUCAGUCCUUGUGCCGUCGUGAAGGCACCGCAGCGCCACGUCCUCGUUCCACCCUCCUCGUCGUCCCCGUCCUUUUCCACCACGCCUAGGAGUGCUGAUCGUCGUCACCGUCGGUGCUACGUGCCACCCCGUCCGCAGCCACCAUAGACCGCGAGAGUGCGGAUCCCUUGCACGACGUGCGUGUUGAGCCGAGGUGAGGGAAGUGGGGUGUGAUGGUCGGUCUCGUCUGGGGCCGCAUCGUCCCCCCCCCCUUGGACUGGACUGCCCACACCUCUGCGGCGCCGCCAACUGGCCUGCAGCUGGACCGUCGGCACUCCUCCUCUUCCGUUGGGUUACGAUGCAGGCCGGCGACCUCCCUCGGGCCGCCCCCCUGCGGCCAACGCGGGCGUGAUGGUGACCGUUGCUGGCUGCUCGGGCGGCCCUUUGGCCGCAGCUUCUCCUGCUUCCUCUUCCUUCCUCCGCCCCCUGGCCCUUCAUGCCGCCUCCUCCCUCCUGGUGCCCAUACCAACUAGACUCGCGCUAUCCCUGUCAGCAAGAAAGAUAAUGCGGCGUCCAUAGUCAAAAAUCACGUCUGCUAUAGCAUCGAUGGCUGACUGCAAGGCCUUGCACACGCAUUGGAGAUCUUGUUAAACCGACGAAGGCUUGUACAUUCAGCGCCGAUAGCAUCAUGGAGGUCGCAUCUACCUCGGAAUCUGGCAAAGGGCGAGAACAUGCGGACGAGGUGAACGCCUUCAAGUCAGUGGGCUUUGUGAUCGAAGAUCUUUGCAUC